CGGGGGAGCUUCCUCCUCCUCUUCCUCGCAGCGAGUCUCCGCGCGCAGAGCGUACGGAUCCCUCCUCCCCCCCUUCGCUGCCCGGUCCGGCGGCGGCCCCGGGAGGAGCAGGGGGCUCGAGUCCUUCCCUGCCGGAGCGGCUUGAGAAGCAGAAGCAACUAUGGGGUGCAUUAAAAGCAAAGAGGACAAAGGUCCAGCUAUGAAAUAUAGAACUGAUAACCCUCCAGAACUUGUUAGUUCCCACAUCAGCCAUUAUGGAUCAGAUUCUCAAGCAACACAGUCGCCUGCGAUAAAGGGACCAUCAGUUAACUUUAACAGUCAUUCCAUGACUCCAUUUGGAGGACCUUCAGGGAUGACACCCUUUGGAGGAGCCUCUUCCUCGUUUUCAGCUGUGCCAAGUCCGUAUCCUAAUAGUUUAACAGGUGGUGUAACUGUUUUUGUGGCCUUAUAUGAUUAUGAAGCUAGAACUACAGAUGAUCUUUCGUUUAAGAAGGGUGAACGGUUCCAGAUAAUAAACAACACGGAAGGAGACUGGUGGGAAGCAAGAUCCAUUGCUACAGGAAAGACUGGCUACAUCCCGAGCAAUUAUGUAGCUCCUGCAGACUCCAUUCAGGCAGAAGAAUGGUAUUUUGGUAAGAUGGGCAGGAAAGAUGCAGAGAGAUUACUUUUAAAUCCUGGGAACCAACGUGGUAUUUUCUUAGUACGAGAGAGUGAAACCACUAAAGGUGCUUAUUCUCUUUCUAUACGUGACUGGGAUGAGGUCAGAGGCGAUAAUGUGAAACACUACAAAAUCAGAAAACUUGACAGUGGUGGAUACUAUAUCACAACCAGAGCACAAUUUGAGUCUCUACAGAAGUUGGUUAAACACUAUACAGAGCAUGCUGAUGGCCUGUGUCAUAAACUAACAACUGUGUGUCCAACUGUGAAACCCCAGACCCAGGGACUAUCAAAAGAUGCCUGGGAAAUUCCUAGAGAGUCUUUGCGGCUAGAAGUUAAGCUGGGCCAAGGAUGCUUUGGGGAAGUAUGGAUGGGAACGUGGAAUGGAACCACAAAAGUAGCAAUCAAAACACUAAAACCUGGUACAAUGAUGCCAGAAGCUUUCCUGCAGGAGGCUCAGAUCAUGAAGAAAUUACGACAUGAUAAACUUGUUCCACUAUAUGCUGUUGUUUCUGAGGAGCCAAUCUUCAUAGUCACUGAAUUUAUGACAAAAGGUAGCUUACUAGACUUCCUUAAAGAAGGAGAAGGGAAAUGCUUAAAACUUCCACAGUUAGUUGACAUGGCUGCUCAGAUUGCUGAUGGCAUGGCGUACAUUGAAAGAAUGAACUACAUCCACAGAGACCUUCGGGCAGCUAAUAUUCUUGUAGGAGACAAUCUUGUGUGUAAAAUUGCAGAUUUCGGUUUAGCAAGGUUAAUAGAAGACAAUGAGUACACUGCCAGACAAGGAGCCAAAUUUCCAAUUAAAUGGACAGCUCCUGAGGCAGCAUUAUAUGGUCGGUUUACAAUCAAAUCUGAUGUGUGGUCAUUUGGAAUUUUGCUGACAGAACUGGUAACAAAGGGUAGAGUGCCAUAUCCAGGGAUGGUGAAUCGUGAAGUUCUGGAACAAGUAGAACGUGGGUAUAGGAUGCCUUGCCCACAGGGCUGUCCAGAGUCUCUCCAUGAGUUAAUGAAACUGUGCUGGAAGAAGGACCCUGAUGAAAGACCAACAUUUGAAUAUAUUCAGUCUUUCUUGGAAGACUACUUCACUGCUACAGAACCACAGUACCAGCCUGGAGACAAUUUAUAAGCCAGCAACCUACAUAACAUGCACAAAUCUGCCAAAUGUAAAGGACUUUCAAAGAGUUCCUCGCUUCUUUAAAGGAAUCCAAGGAAAGAAAAUCUUCACUCUGCAUGCAUUUAAUGGCAAACUGGAAUUCCAUAAUACAGUUGCACAAAACCACUUUUAAACUGUUAUACCCUAACUUACCUAUGAUGUGAUUUCGCCCCUUUAUCUCUCCCCCCUCUACCCCCCCAAACUGAUUUCAGGGUCCAAAAGGAGCUUGCUGAAGUUGCUCAGUGGUAAAGUGAGUGUCAGCAUGACAAUUACUAGCAAGAAAAACCCCUAAAAAAAAAAAAAAUUUAAACAAAGGAACUUUAUGGGACCAAACAAUUCCAUUCCAGGUCUAUAAAAUUUCCUGUGUUCAGAAUUAGAUGGACUUUUUCUUAAAGAUGAUACCACCAUAUCUGAGAUAUUGAUAGUAAUCUUCAGUUUAAGCUUCCUCUUGCAUGGACUUAAUUAGGAUAGACAAGGUUAAAACAGAAAUUUAAACAGUGUAUGACAAACUUGAUUAAAUGCUAGACCUCAGUAGUGGAAUUGGAGAGCAUAAUGCACUGUGUUCAUAUUUGUAUUAAUGUAACUGGAAAGUAGCGUGAGAUUUUUCAUUUUUAUUUUUUUCUGCAUAGUUAAGAAUAAUGAAGAUAACAAGAAAAUGAGGUAAUAUUUUAUAACGUUGUGUUGAUAAAAUAUGAUAAAGUUUGAACUUGAAACCAUACAGUACAAUCAGAGGUUAAAAUUCUGUAAACUUUUAAGCUCCAAUCCUACAAUGAGCUCUGUGUGGGAAGACUACCUAAACAAAGCUCAUUGCAAGAUCAAGACCUUAGCUGGUAAAUGGCCACCUUUAGACAGUACACAUUAAAACACAGAUUUGGUACUGUGGGAUGUGGCUAGUAUGUAUUAACAGUGAUGGGUGCCACAAAUGUAAAAUUACACUAGUUCAGGGAUUUGAUUGCACUUUUGCUUUUCGUGACUAUAAAGACUCUUACACACAGAAUUAUUUAAGUGAGAAUAAAUAGGAGAAGAAAAUGUGAAGGCUUAAAAAUUAGACGGAUAAAGUAUAUUUAAUAUUGACAUAAUACAGUGAUGACAAACCUUUGCUGGCAUUCAGCUCACACUAAAUCUAUGAUAUUUUCUUCAACUACUGACAUAUCUAGCAAUAACUUCAUGUCCUCUGUUCAUCUGGUGACAUGAAGUUUGGAAUUUUCAAAUUAAGCUAACAUACUUUAAUUAUGAAACUAAACGGUUUUCUCUGGUAUCAUGAUGAUGAUCAUAUUAGCAGUGUAACACUAUCUGACAAAUGAAUUUCAUGCAAGUGGGCAAUGUAGUUCUGGUACUAAAAAUUGUUUUUCACAUGUUUACACUACAUUCUUCAUACUGAAUCUCUCCACUAAAUGAAACUUUGUAAGAACAGUGCCAUCAUUUUGCAUUUUCCCUUAUCUUCUAUACACGCGUGAUUAUCAAAUUUUAAAAGGGCUUUAUGUAAAAAACCAAGAACACUAUGGAAUUGUAAUUUUUUCUGAAUAUUUUAAAAUGGGUAACACAAUCGUGCAAGUUUAUGUAUUAAUACAGUUACAGUAAAAAUGCCUGAAAAUGUUGCUGGCAUUAAUUGGAUUUUAAUGACUGAAUGGAAUAAUUCCUUGUAAUAACAUUUGUAUAGUAAAGAAAUAAAACACUAACUUAAUGA